GCUUUUAACACUCCUCCCUUGCAACGCUGCAUCUUUCUUUUUGGAGAUUCUCUCAUCCUUUCAAGUCAAACAUCAAAAUUUUAAACAAUGUAAAAGUUUGUAUGAACGUAAUAUAAUCGGGAAGCAAUCGAAUAGAAAGGAAAGAAAGAGUCUCAGCUGAUGAGAGCAUAUAUUCCCUUCCAACAUAGCCUUACCCCACCAAUCUCUCCUGACAACAUCCGACGGACAUAUAAACACGACCAAAUCCCAUUUUGUUCUAAACAAAAACAGAAUUAUGCAGAAUCAUCACCACAUCAACUUGGUUUUGUCUACUGAUGCAAAGCCAAGGCUGAAAUGGACUCCGGAGCUUCAUCACAGAUUUGAGGAGGCUGUCAAUCAUCUCGGUGGAGCACAUAAGGCCACUCCUAAGAGCUUGAUGAGAGUUAUGGGUAUCACUGGGCUUAGGCUGUACCACCUCAAGAGCCAUUUACAGAAAUUUAGAUUGGGAAAAAUGCAGCAGUCUGAAGCCAAUGCCCAACUCAAGCUGGAAGACUUGAAACAGAUGCAGGUAAAAGGUGGGAAAUUGGACGUGGAAAACAGCGAUGUGGGUCAAAAUCAUAACACGAAAGAGAGAAAGAAGAUAUGGGAUGUUAUGGAAAUGCAAAUGGAAGUAGAGAAGAGGCUGCAGGAGCAAAUAGAGGUACAAAGGCAUUUACAGCUGAGAAUUGAAGCACAAGGGAAGUACUUAAAGAGAGUGUUGAGAAAGGCAGAAGAGACAAUUGCAGGGUACGGUUGUUGUUCAGAAGCACUGGAAGAGCUCUCUCAAUUGGCUUCAAUGGUGAGCUCUGGAUGUGAGAGCUCAUGUUUGUCAGAACAGAGCAGCUCUGUUUCUGAGGGAGAUUGUAAGAGAUUAACAAUGCAAGAAAGUAAUGAGAAUAAUCAAGAGGAGUUCAGAAUGGUCGACUUGAAUGAUGCAGCAACUGGAAGUGGAAGUGGAAGUGGAAGUGGAAGUGGAUUUGGAUCAGAGUUGAUCGAGUUUCUUUGAAAAGGUGGUUUUAUUUUAUGAUGGGAAUGUGUAAAUGGUAGUGUUGUAUAUAAGGUAUGUAAUGUUAAAUAAAAGAGAUUGUGGGUUUAUAAGCAAGAAGCUAAAGACAUGCAAAGGUGAAUCUAGAACCACAAGAAUCAUUCUUCUAC